CAUUCAGUGAUUACUGUGAUCAAGAUGGCGCUGCGACCAGGACCUGGGGGAGGUGGCAGCUUUGCAUUUCCAGUCGGAGGGGGUUUAGGUCCACCACAGGGUAUGGUGCCCAUGCAACAACAGCAGCAGCCCCAACAACAGGGUUUCCCCAUAGUUCAGGUCAUGCAGCCCAACAUGCAAGGAAUGAUGGGACUGAAUUUUGGAGGGCAGAUGCCUCCAGGUGCCAUGCAAAUGCAGGGUGGGAUGGCCAUCGGGAUGCAGGCACCUGGAAUGCAGUUCAUGGGUCAACCUCAGUUUAUGGGCAUGCGACCGGCAGGGCCACAGUAUACCGCAGAUAUUCAAAAACAAAUGGCUGAGGAACAUCAAAAACGUCUUGAACAGCAGCAAAAGUUGUUGGAAGAGGACAGGAAAAGACGACAGUUUGAGGAGCAAAAACAGAAGCUAAGGCUGUUGAGUAGUGUUAAACCCAAGUCUCAGACAGGAGAGAAAAGCCGUGAUGAUGCCUUGGAGGCAAUAAAAGGCAACCUGGACGGUUUUAGCCGAGACGCUAAAAUGCAUCCUACACCAUCUGCACAAAACAAGAAACCAGACUCAUCGUCAUCACAUCCAUCUGUCUCCACUCACUCCCUCUCCUCAGCUCUCUCAGAAGAGAAGGAUGAGUUUAGUGACUUUCAGGGUCCUGUAGAGACGCCUGCCUCCUUCCCCUGCUUUUCCACGUCCUCCACCUCUGAUUUCACCCCUCAGGCCCUUGCGCAGCCUUCACCCCUUAAUUCUAGGACAGAAUUUUCUGAUGACGAUGAUGAAUUCAGUGACUUUGUCCAAGGACCUGCCACUCUUACCUCCUUAAACCCUAACCUGUCCUCCCAAGUGCCACCUCCAACCCCCUCCUUAAGGACAGGUGUGUCCUCUUCCUCUCCUCCAUCCCAAAACUCUGUUUCAAUUCACUCUGCUGUCAGCACCAGCUCCCAAGCUACAUUAAAAGGCCCAUCCUUGGAGGAGAAGCUAUUCACAUCCUGUGAUCUCACAGGCGAUAAGAUGGCCCAUGUUAGCUUUAAGUCAAAGCAGAGUUUGGCUGAAAUGGGUCCAAAGAAUAAGGUUUCAGCCCAGUUUCAAUCAAGCACCAAAGCAAGGAACUGGGCUGCAGCCAAUGAGGACUUGAGUUCCAUCUUCAGCACAGAAAGCCCUCCUGAAGUCCCCCUGUCAGCACCAGCUGCUGACUCAUCCUCUCAAACCAGUAGAGAAAGUGGUGUUGGCGUGUUUCAACCACAAGAACAAAUUCCAUCAAUAUUGCCUGCCUGGGUUUACAACGACAGCCUUGUUCCAGAAAUGUUCAAAAAGGUUAUUGAGUUCACCAUGACUCCAGCUGGGAUAGAUACAGCCAAGCUCUAUCCCAUUCUAAUGUCAUCAGGACUUCCUCGGGAAGCACUGGGGCAGAUCUGGGCAUCGGCCAACCGCACAACACCAGGAAUGUUGACCAAAGAGGAGCUCUACACUGUACUUGCUCUCAUAGCUGUUGCACAGAGUGGCCUCCCAGCAAUGAAUGUGGAAAUCCUAAAUCAGUUUCCGUCUCCGCCUGUUCCUAACCUGCCUGCUCUAGCAAUGGCCUUGGCCCCAGUCCUCCCACAGCAGGCUCUGAUGAGCCAGCCUCCAGUGUCUAUGCCCAUGCCCACACCUGCCCCAUCUGUCAUGCCCAUGGCCCCUGCAACACCCGCCCAAGCCCCCACAAGCACUAAUUUCAUUGCCAGUUUUCCACCCGCUCAGGUGACAAAAACGGAUGAUGAUGAUUUUCAAGAUUUCCAAGAGGCACCCAAACCAGGGACAGCAGACUCAUCUUUCACAGAUUUCCAGGGGGAGUCUAGUGGCAGCUUUGCCCCUAUCCCAUCACAACCACAAAAUAGCAUGCCGGCCAUACUGACUCCUGUGUCUGGCUCUAGCUCUGCCUCCUCCUCUGAUAAAUAUGCCGUCUUCAAGCAGCUGUCUUUGGACCAGCCUGCAGAGCCUACUCCUCCCUCUUCAGACAGUGGAGACAAAUACAGUGUGUUCCGACAGCUGGAACAAACUGCUGAAAAGAAACCAGUUGGGGAAGGAUUUGCAGAUUUCAAGUCUGUCAGUGCUGAUGAUGGCUUCACAGACUUUAAAACCGCGGACAGCAUCUCUCCACUAGAUCCCUCUGAACAAGCCAAGAUCUUUCAGCCUUCUUUCCCCUCUGCGUUUCCUACUUCUCAGUCUCUACAGCAGCUCCCACAGCAGCAGCCUGCUGUUAGUCUCCCUCAAUCCAAAAACCCACUCAACAUGGCCGACCUGGACCUGUUCUCUUCUAUAGCUCCUUCUGCCCCUGGCUCUUCAGAGGCCAAACCAAGCAUAUUCCCCCCUGUGUCUGUACCUCCUUCUUUAGUGCUCCUCCCAGGUGGGUCUAAGCCCUCGUCUGGAGGAGCGGAUGACUUUGGUGACUUUGCUCUGUUUGGUUCUUCUUCUGAGGCUGCCCCGAGUGCAGCAGCAGGAGGCAACAGCUCAACAGUGCCCCAAGAUGACUUUGCAGACUUUAUGGCAUUUGGUAACUCUAGUAAAGAAUCUAAAGACAACAGUGCAGGGACUCAGGGAGAGACCCCUAGGUCUCAGCAAGGCUCCAACAAGUAUGAUGUGUUCAAACAGUUGUCUCUAGAGGGCGGUGUGACCUACGACGAUUCAAAAGAGAGUGGUGGGGGCUCUUUCUCUUCUCUUAAGAGUGACAAUGAUGACUUUGCAGACUUUCAAGCUUCUAAGUUCUGCACUGCCCUUGGCGCCUCAGAAAAGACCUUGGUGGACAAAGUGGCUGCAUUCAAACACACCAAGGAGGACUGUGCCUCUGUUAAAUCCCUGGACCUCCCAUCCAUCGGGGGCAGCAGUGUGGGAAAGGACGACUCUGAGGACGCACUGUCGGUGCAGCUGGACCUGAAACACGACGUGGGUGGAGACUUGAAGCACGUGAUGUCAGACAGCUCCUUGGACCUGCCAGGACUCUCCUCCCACCAGCCGCCCGCUACAGAAGGCGAUGACAUGAAAUUCGACCACUUCCAGACCUCUGCACUCAGCACCUUGGCUAACUAUGACUGGUCUGAAGAAUGUGUCUCCACUGAUAGGAAGCCACAAGCUCUAGAUACGUUGUCUCUUCCGUCUUCUGACCCCACACGCCGAAAAGAGCUGAGUUUUGGUAGCUCUGAAAACAUCAGUAGCAACUGUUUAGGAAAGUCUACCACCUCUUUUCCUCCUGAGGACAUCUCUUCGGACAAGUUUACAGCCUUCACAGAUUUUGGUAAUGGGGACCAUGGUGCAGACGAAGAGGAUGAUUUUGGGGACUUUGCCAGCACUGUGUCUGAGAAGUCUGAUUCUCCAGCUGCUGCUACGGAGACAGGCUCAGACAGCACCCAGAGUGAGGCCCUGGACGAUUUUGGAACUUUUCAAGGAGAUAAGCCCAAGUUUGGGAAGUCAGACUUUCUCAAAGCGAGCACUCAAACUAAAAUCAAGUCCAGUGAGGAGAUGAUCAUAAACGAGCUCGCGACAUUUGACCUUUCAGUUCAAGGUUCACAUAAGAGGAGUCACAGUUUAGGUGAGAAAGAAAUUGGGCGUUCACCUCCAUCUCCGGCUCCAGAGCAGCACUUCAGGGAUCGAUCCAACACCUUGAAUGAGAAGCCUGCCCUACCUGUUAUAAGGGACAAAUACAAGGACCUGACUGGGGAGGUGGAGGAAAGUGAACGCUAUGCAUAUGAGUGGCAGAGAUGUCUAGAAAGUGCUUUGGAGGUAAUCACCAAAGCUAACAACACACUCAACAGCAUCAGCAGCUCAUCUGUCUGCACUGAGGUGAUUCAGUCUGCUCAAGGCAUGGAGUACCUGCUUGGUGUUGUGGAGGUGUAUCGCGUCACUCGCCGAGUGGAGCUGGGCAUCAAAGCCACGGCAGUGUGCUCAGAGAAACUACAGCAGCUGCUAAAAGACAUCAGCCGAGUGUGGAAUAACCUCUUAAGCUUCAUGUCACUGGCCAAACUCGCGCCUGAUGAGACCUCUCUAGAUUUUUCGUCUUGUAUUUUGCGACCUGGCAUCAAGAACGCUAAGGAGCUGGCCUGUGGAGUGUGCCUUCUAAAUGUUGAUGCUCGUAGUAAGAACAAAGAGGAAAGCACUAUUGGACGCCUGUUUAAAAGAGCAUUGAAUAGAGACAAUGACAAGAGGUUAUCGGCCUUUAACUCGGAGACAGACAACUUCAAGCUGUUGUAUGGAGGUCACCAGUAUCACGCCAGCUGUGCCAACUUCUGGAUUAACUGUGUGGAGCCCAAACCUCCAGGCCUCAUCCUGCCUGACCUGCUUUGAGCUAACCUGCAAUAUCAUCAGAUACCCAUGAUGCACUGCACCUUGGACUGACUGGAGUCUCUGUAUUUAAACUGUGACUCUCUGAACAUGCUCACAUCAUGAGCCCAUUCAGUUUGACUGGCUAAUUGGAUUAGAAAAAGGAAUAUUUGUGAGUAAGACCUUAUUUAGUAUUAUGUAUUACUUCUAUUCUUUACUCUUCCCUGCAGGAUUCUAGGUCGGCCACUGACAUUUCCAGAAUAAUGUGAUCUCAAUGAUUUCAGAUUUAAAUCACUGAAUCAUCUCAGUAUACAAAACUGCCAGUAUCAAGAGCAAGACAUCUGUAAAAUAAAGAUUUUUGUCUCACUUGUUUGGCUGCUGUUUAAAUAACAUGUAUUCAUUGUUAAGUUAAAUUAUUACAUGAACUCUAUUAUACUGUACUUGAAACUUGUUUCACUUCACCUUCAGUCUUGAAAAUGAAAACAUCACUGCUGGAUUAUAUAGGAAAUAUCUGUCUUAUGAAUUAUGUUUAAAUUUUGGUUUUUAUUGUCUUUGCACUGUUUGGGAAUUUUAGCUUCAAGAAGUUGGUGAAGGGAAUGUUUUGUGUGUGGACUGUGAUUGUAUAAUGGCAGCAGCACUUUUUGUAUAUAUUUACUCUGUGACAUGCUGUAGCCUUGUAAAAUCAUUUGUUGUAAUGUGAAUUAAAGUAAUGGACUUUAUCCCAUUUGAAUUUA